AUUGUCGAACGCGUUGCUGGAUUGUUCACAUCAAUUUUGUGUAAAGUUGUGAUAGUUUGUAAAUUCGUUUUUAAACUCGUUGAAAACUAUUUUGUUAAUAAAAAUGUAUCAAAAACCGAAUCCAGGUGAAACCCACAGAGAUCUGCUGAGGCUGCAGGAAGAAUUCUACAAGCAUAUAGCAGCAAAAAAGAUAAAGUUAGCAUCAAUAGUGGUAUCUGCAUACGAAAAACCAGAAAAAAAGAAAGAAGAAAGUACAGGUGAAUCUUCUGAUGAAAUCUCAGUGGGUUUGGAUAACGGCUCCAUGGAUAUCCCGAAGAAUGGCAAUGAAAGGAUUUCUUUUAAGAGACCACCUGGUAAAUUCAAAUUUACAGCGGCCUCAGGAUUUCCACCUCCCAUGAGACGUGAUGUCACACUAUCAACCGGCGGAGGAAAUAUAUUUUCACAGAUGAAAAAGCUAGAAACUACACCAGAGACUACGCCAAAUGUAUUGAAAUGGGCUGAUUUUGAUCCGCAGAAAAGAAACAUUGCAAUAACUCGGCCUGGUUUAAGCAGUGUAAUAAGUAGUUUUGAAAGGGAGCUGAUUCAUUUCGACAACAUAGAUUUGCUUGCACGAAUGACGCAAAAGGAGAUUAUACAAGAGAGGGAGAACAUUAUAUCUAUGAUGGAUCCGGCGAUACUAGCUUUUCUGAAGUCGAACAGACUCCAUUCGAAGGAAACUGGUGAAACGUGUCAGCCGAGCGAUCCCAAACAGUUCGAGGAUCUGCAGAUCGCAAUUGAUCCUGAAUUCGAUAAGUGGUUGAACUAUGAUAUGCUGAAAAGCAAUAAGCUUACUUGGUUUCAGAUCCUCGACGUACCAAAACUCACGAAAGAGUCCCAUAACACACCCAGAUUUGAUUACAACGGAUGGUUACUGCCGUUUACCAGUGCUUUUAUAAUCGAUUGCGAACGCGGUCGUGCUUUGUACCAUCAGGGCGAUGAACCGGGUUACACAUUUCAGGAACUAUUCCAAAUGUGCAGGUCCAACGUUUACCACCAGAAACUUAUUGGUUUGAACACGAUCGCGAACAUCCUCGGUCUUGAAGCGUCCGGAAUCUAUGACGAAGUCAUCAAGAUACCGAUCGAGCAAAUGUUCUUCGUACUGAGAUUAUCUGCGGAAAACAAAUCUCUAGCCGUUCUGAACGCUAGCUUCAAGGCGAUGCGAAAUCUCUUCUACAAUCCAAUAGAUGAAUCCUGUUUGGAUAAUCUGUGGAGUUUUGGUUUGGGCUUGGUCCAACCUAUCCUCGCCAUCGAUAACGAAGAGAAGUCCGAUGAUAAAACCAUCAAAGAUCAGCAGCUAGUAAGAACGAACCUCAUCAAAUGCCUUAUGAGAUCCAAUAUACUAAUUAGGAUUAAAUACAUUUUAAACACUGUUAAACCGUGCCUGGAAACCAUCAUUUAUUUGAUCGAAAUAUUGACUAGAUUAGCGAGGGAUUCGAAAUUCGUUGUUAUGCAAGUCUUCGAAUGCGAAGGUCUUCUGCAAAACAUCAUCACGAAUUUCGUACCGGACAUCAUGAAUCUGAGUAUUCGACAGAAUAUAAAGAAGUCUCACGGACAAGCCACAACCUACGCCCUGAAAUUUCUUAGAAUUCUGAGCGGGAGGAGCAGAAAUAUCGCAAUCGCAAUGAUUAACAAAUACAAGAUUGUUGAUUCCAUACUGUCUUAUUUGAUAAACGAAGCGUUUUUUGCUAACAUGAAAGGAAUGAUGCUUCAAAUCGAAGCUUUUCGUCUGUGGUCAACGUUUGCGCGUUACGGCUUAACCAUAGACAGAUUCAAGGACUUUCAGCACGUGCUUCUUAAGCUUUUGAAUUACCAUCUGAAGAACAGCGAUAUAACAUCUCCUCUCACGGUUCAAGCCCAUCUCUCGUCUCUGCUGAUUCUCAUAUCGGAGGUCACCAAGCAUGACUUCGGCGCUACUAAAGUUUAUUACCAGCUACUUCUAGAUCUGGGUGUAACCAAAUGGUUUACACAGUUUAAAAAAAUGCAAAAAUUCAAGUGUGGAAAGUUGCAAAUAGUGUCUAGUGUUCUUGUGGCCAUGACCACUUUCAUUAUGUUCAAGCCGAAUUCCGUUGGUAUGUCGGUGGAUAGGCUCAUCAAUAUUGCGGAAAAUAUGGUGGGUUCGUACGGAUUCGAACUUGUCACCGAGGACAUUCAGUUUUCAUCGAAUUUGUUAAAUAAUAACAAGACGCACAAAAGCCGUGUCAAUUUCAAAUACACUGAGGCUGCGAUUUGGAAUUCGUUAGAUCAUGUCAUUCCCGUCCUCAAAUCGAUAAGUUGCAUACCAUUCCUUCGGGUAUUUUCAGAUUUCGUCGAAUCUACCGAGAAUAGAAAGUUGAUGAUCACAUUUCUGUCAAAUGCAGACGUACAGUUUUACUUGAAAUUAGUGAAUCAAGCGUACAAAUAUGACUUGACAAGCAAUUGGUAUACCAGAGUGGAGAGCGGUCUUCUUUUAAGUAUCAUCAAGAUCGCAAUCGAAGUGCAGAAUAGCAUCGACACAGGAUUGUGCUAUGGCUUAGCGAUGAAAACCUUGAGUAUUUACCACGAAGAGCAAAAACCGGACAUAGAGUACGUAAUAAGGAACGCCAUCUUCUCGCCAGACUUCUAUCCGCUGGACGUUUUUCUCGCCAUAAUGAACAUUGAGGAUGCUGAAGAUAUUACCAGGGAUACGAUGAAAGCUGCCCUGGAUAAUAUCGAUGAUAUCUUUUACGUCUACAUGAACGUUUUAGGCCUGAAAAAGUUGAAAGUAAAUCCGUUGAGGCAAUCGUUUGAUGUGAAGAUAGGAAAUGCUCUUCCGAUCGACUGGAUCUACACUCCGAUCAUAACACUGUACGCACAACAGCAGGAUGAAGAUAAUAACAUCACCGAAGAUGAUUUGGUCUUCACCAUCACCAAUUGCCUGAGAUGGGUGUACAUCUACGAGACGUACUUUCCUAAUUUGGCUUCGAUGAUCGAUAGUACCGAACGCUUCUGCCGACUUGCCUGUACCUUUUUAGGCAGCGACAGUUUAUUUUUAAUACCAGAAGUCGGGGAUCUACUUUGGCUGUGCCUGAGAUCUGUACUCAUAAGCGAGGAUACACUGGAUUUUGAAAGAAACAUUCACGGUCUGUGCAACUUCCAAGACUUCUUCACGCAACUCUUGGAGCAGUACGAAGGCGUCAGCUACUGUGAUAUCCUCUUCAGUAAUUUCGUACUGAUUCCUCUCGCCCAGAAGCAUGAUGUCAAAUAUAGAAAAGCCCUAUGGUCGGAAUACACUGGAGUCGUGCAAGUGUUCAAUCUCACUGAGAAAGAUAUGGCCUUAGCUAUUGAGUCAUUUUUGGAGCCAGAGGAAACAGAUGUGACUCUUCUAAAUUGUUAUCAACGAGUGUUGGCUUCUGGCAAAAUAAGAACUAAUUCGGUCUUGUACAAAAUUGCCAAACACCAUUGGAAAAAGUACAUUGCUAGACGAAACACUAAUGAAAAUGAACAAAAUCUUGAUUAGUUCACUAAUGCAUCCAAAUAUGUUGAUAAUUAUAUAUAUUUCAAAAUAUUUUUUUAAAUCAAAAUUAUAGAUGUGAUCAUGUUAUAUGUUAUAGAAUCUUA